AUGGUGUCUCAGUCUUCCAGCCGGCAGGACUCACCUGUGGACCCCUGGGAAGGGGUCAGCGAUGACCCAGGCGACACUGAUGGUUUGCCCAGCCUCCUGGACACUGGGCACCCCUCCUGCCCAUCAGAUAUCAGGUUCACAAGGCACAAAGCUGCCUGGAUUAAGCCCCCAUGUGUGCAGCAAGAGCUGCAGGACUCGUUCCCCCAGGGGCUCGCAGUGGGGAACAGAGAGAGCCAGGCUGUGUCCGACACCAGAUCUCCCUUGGGCGCUUCACCCUCGUCUCUUGGGCACUCCGUGGUGGAGACCUCGCUGUCGACGGGCACCACGGACUCCGUGGGCAGCUCCUCUGCCCGGGGCUCUGCUGGCAAUGCCCGUGACUCCUCUCUCACCUCGAAGGAAGAGCGGGCAGUGCUCCCAAGACGCUGUCCUCUCACGUCUCUGAUCACGAGCUCCAAGACUGUGUCCGGUCCCCCCCGUCCUGAGCAUGGCAGGGCUUUUUUCAAGCCUUCCCAGCUGACAGCUUCUGCUGAUGCAGAUGCUGUUCAAGUUGGCGGAAGAACUAUUUCCUCAAAUUCCUUCUCACCAGAGGCAUUCGUUCUCCCUGUUGAUGUAGAAAAGGAAAAUGCCCACUUUUACGUUGCAGAUAUGAUUAUAUCAGUCAUGGAGAAAAUGAAGUGUAAUAUUCUAAGUCAGCAGCACACAGAGACCUGGAACACCGAAGAGGCCAGCAGGCCACUUGGGAGUGAUCAGGCAGACUUGGAAGGGACCUUUUAUACCCAUGUAAAGCAGGAAUCUGGGUCUUCCACUUCAUCUGACAGUGGCUAUGAAGGUUGCGCUGUGUUACAGGUGAGCCCAGUGGUUGAAACACCUGCUUUCUCUGAGGUGACGGAAGAGGACUGCAAAUGUGACUUUGAUGACUUUGUUAUCGUAGAACUUGGAGAUUUCAGCAAUACCACAGAGCCCUGUGGAUGUUCCUCCGACACCUCUAAGAGUGUCAUUCAUGAGCCAAACUUCAAUUCUGCUGAGCUGAUAGCCAAAGAGUUAUACCGCGUAUUCAAGAAAUGCUGGAUGCUGGCAGAAGUUCAUUAUCAGCUGGCAGGCUCCCUCGAUGAAGCUGGCUCCAUAGUUGUAAAUGAAGAGCAGGUCCAGAAAGACUUUGAAUCCAGCACAGAUGUCGUCCAGGAAAUUAAACUGAAGUCAAGGAUCAGACGGACUGGAGACUGGGCGCCCCCUAGGUUUCAAAUCAUAUUUAAUGUUCAUCCACCACUCAAGAGGGAUCUCGUGGUAAUAGCCCAAAAUUUUUUCUGUGCUGGCUGUGGAACGCCAAUAGAACCUAAGUUCGUGAAGCGGCUCCGGUACUGCGAAUACCUGGGGAAGUACUUCUGCGACUGCUGCCACUCGUACUCGGAGUCCUGCAUUCCCGCCCGGAUCCUCAGGAUGUGGGACUUCCGGAAGUACUACGUCAGCAACUUCUCCAAACGCCUGCUGGACCACAUAUGGCAUGAGCCCAUCUUCAACCUGCUGCACGUCAGCCACGGCCUGUACACGAAGGCCAGGGAACUGGACAGAGUGAGGGAAAUCCAGGAGCAGCUGUUUCAUAUCAAGAAGCUGUUGAAGACCUGCAGGUUUGCUGAAAGCACACUGAAGGCGUUUGAGCAGCUGCCAGGACACUUGACGGAGGCGCUCCACUUGUUCUCCCUGGAGGACAUGGUCAAGGUCAAGAGGGGGCUGCUGGUGCCCUCGCUCAGGGACAUUCUGAAAGCUUCCCUCGAGCACGUGGCCGGCUGCGAGCUGUGUCAAGGAAAAGGCUUCAUUUGUGAAUUUUGCCGGAGUACAGCUGUCAUUUUCCCAUUUCAGACUGCAACGUGUAGAAGAUGUUCAGCAUGCAGAGCUUGCUUUCACAAGCAGUGCUUCCAGUCCGCCAAGUGCCCCCGGUGUGCGAGGAUCACAGCGAGGAGAAGACUUCUGGAAAGUCUACCCUCUGCAGCGACAUGA